AUGUCCUUCUACCGCACCGCCGCCUGGUUCGCCAAGGGGCUGCGCGAAUACACAAAGAGUGGCUAUGAAGCUGCAUCGCAGGACUUCAUCCCCAAUGACUUGGAGGUCCAAGUUCCUGGAAGAACCUUCUUGAUCACUGGAGGGAACAGUGGCAUUGGGAAAGCAACUGCUAUUGAAAUAGCCAAAAGAGGUGGCACAGUUCACCUGGUUUGCCGAGAUCAAGACAGAGCAGAAGAUGCCAAACGUGAGAUCAUCAAGGAGAGCAGUAACCAGAACAUCUUUCUACACAUCGUGGACUUGUCUGAUCCUAAGAAAAUUUGGAAAUUUGCUGAGAAAUUCAAACAGGACCAUAAACUGAACGUUCUGAUCAAUAAUGCAGGUUGCAUGGUCAAUAAGCGAGAACUCACAGAAGAUGGACUUGAAAAAAACUUUGCGACCAAUACGCUAGGUGUAUAUAUUCUUACCACAGCCCUGCUCCCUGCACUGGAGAGUGAACAUGACCCCAGAGUGAUAACUGUCUCCUCAGGAGGAAUGUUGGUUCAGAAACUGAAUUCCAGUGAUCUACAGUCCGAAAGGGCAGCAUUUAAUGGAACUAUGGUCUAUGCACAAAACAAGAGGCAGCAGGUGGUUUUGACUGAGCGAUGGGCCAGCAUGCACCGAGCCAUCCAUUUCUCGUCCAUGCAUCCUGGCUGGGUGGACACUCCAGCUGUGCAGCUGUCCAUGCCAGGCUUCCAUGCCAGGAUGAAGGGCAGACUGCGCUCAGUGGCACAGGGGGCAGACACGGUGCUGUGGCUUGCUCUGUCCCCUGCGGCCACCAUGCACCCCAGCGGCCUGUUCUUCCAAGAUCGGAAACCAGUUUCUACCCACUUGCCUCUUGCUAGAACGUCUUCCUCACAGGCUGAAGAGGAGAAGCUCACUGAAGUCCUGGAACAGCUGGCUCAGAGAUUUAAAUAG